UUUCCUUUCACACCCUCAUGUGCGCAGAUAAAUUGCUCCUGGACCGGCGGGAUGCAGGGAUGACCUUGGCGCGCCGGAGCCAGACUGGCAGAGGGGAUGAGCAGAAGGCAGAGGCGACCCAUGCAUCCUUGGUGCCCACCCACGCGCCCACCUGGGAGGAGGAGGUGAUGGUGGAAAUGGAUGCUGAAGAUGCGGGCCGGGCAGCCCUGACUCUCACCGUGGCAGACAAAGCCACCAAGGAGGAGUUGGGGACCUUCCAGCUGCCAGUGCGGCACCUCCAGCCCUUCCAGCCCCACCAUUGCAGGCUGGUGCUGCCGAGGACGCGGGACGCCGCCGGGACGGUCCUGCACGUCACCCUCAUCCGCAAAAGGAGCUUCAUCCCUCGCUGUGCUGGAUUGAGCUAUGUGGCCUUGGAGGUGCUGCUGCGGGGGCUGUCGGCCCCCCUGGCCGCCCCCCCCGGGGCCCUCGUCGCCGUGGCCAGAGUUGUGACCAAUGUUCAGGAGUACAAGCAUCGCAUGGAGGAGCACCCCACCUCCCGUCCCGGCAUCAGCCCCACCACCAUCACAUUCCCAGACCCUCCGGCAGCAGCCUUCAGCAUCGCCCCAGUUGCCAACCACGGCCGCCCGCAGAUGUCCCGACCAGCCGGGCCCCCAGAGCAGCCGACCUGGGACACGUCCUUCCUCUUCCAAGGCCGAGACGUGGCCACCCUCUUCUCCGAAGACACCGCCCUGGCUAUCGAAUAUUAUCCGUACAAAACCAUGUGGGAUGCUCCAGGCACCCUCAUUCCCAUGGGAUACUCGGUGCUGCCCCUCACCAGCCGUGUUUUCCGAGAGCUGGCGGCACGGAGCGGCGAGAUGCGUGUGGACGGCCUCGCCGUGCAGGGCACGGACCUCAAAACCACGUCUGGGGCCAUUCCGACCGUGGGGCUCUGCCUGCAGCUCCUUCGAUCGGAGAGACCGGCGGCGUUCCUGACCCCGUCGGGCAGUGAUGCCCUCCCCAGCCUGGACCCCGCCGCCGCCAGCACGCUCGAGAGGGGUGAAGAGCUGCGGGCAGCCCCCGUGCGCCCGUUUUCUCGCCAGCUCCACCGAGACGAUGUGUCCCUCCCAGCGGCCGAUGCCGUGGCCAGCAUCCUGCCUGGAAAGCAGCUGUUCCCGCACGGGACAGGAGCACCAUCGGAAGAGCGGAGAUCCCAAGAGCUCAUCGGGGACGAGCAGGAGCCGGUGAGUGCCGAGGAGACGGGAGGAGCUGGGGGCACCGGGGGGGACAGCAGCGUCCCCAGAGCGGGUCCUGGCUCCCGUGGGGACCGAAGCUCUACGCUGCCGGAGGCGAGCAGCUACCGUCUGGCGCUGAAGCGGAUGGCCGGGGACCUCCUGUCCCUGCGCCAGCACGUCACCAGCCUAGAGGUGGAGAACGGACACCUACGGCGCAGCCUGGCCUCGCAGGAGGAGCUGGGCCACACUCUGCUUGCCGACGUGGACCUGGACGUCAUGACGCGGGAGGAGCUGCUGGACAGGCUCGCCACCCUCAAGCACAAGCUGGUGGCCGGUACGGCGGAGAUGAGGAGGCUGAAGGACCGUGUCCAACGGCUGCAGAACGAGCUGAUCCGGAAAAAUGACCAGGAGAAGGACCUGGUGCUGCUCCAGCGAGCCCACCGGCAGCAGCAAGCCGUGCUGAGGAGGUGCCAGGAGAAGGCGGCCAAGACAAAGAGCUUAGAGGAGACGGUGCGGCAGCAGGAGAAGGUGAUCGAGGCGAUGGAGCGGGUGCUGCGGGAGAAACUCGCCGGGGCGGGCAGGAGUACUGAGAAGCCAGCGGGCGAAGCCCUCUCCGGGGAGAUGUACGCCGUGCUGCUGGCCGAGAACCGCAGGCUGCGGGAGGACCUGGCGAGACCCCCCCACCUCUUGCCCCCCGUCAUCCCGCAGCCCCCAACCUUGCCGGGUGGUUUUGGGCGUGCGGAGAAGCUGUCUCUGCUGGCCAGGCUGGAGGAGGCGCAAGCGCAGAGGCGGGUGCUGGAGAGGCAGCUGGAGGAGGCGGCGAGGAGGUGGGGACGGGAGAAGCAGGAGCUCGGCACUCGGCUGCUGGAGCGGGAGCACGGCUUCCCCUACGCCCCCACCACGCACUUGCCGGCAAUCUCCACAGCCCCCCUGAGAAGACCCCAGCCCCUGGCCCCCCUGCCCUAGCCUGCACCUGGCGAGAGAGACGGAGAAACCUAAAACGCCGGCAAAAAAGGAGCCGGUGCUUUUUCGCAAGAUGAAAUUACAGAGUAAAUCAGAGGCAAAGCAAAACAUUAGAGGGUGUCGGAGGAGCACGGCCGCGGUCCCCAGUGUGGUCCCUGGGGACCCCCCCCCCCCCCGAGCAACUGGAGGGGUGCAGCAGCACCCACCCACCCUGCACUCCCUUGGGGGGUUACGGGGGUGGCGGCGGGGCUGGGGGUUUGCUCCGGUUUAUCUCCCCUGUGGCGUAAGCGCAGCCUUGAGCGGGCUGGAGCGAAGGCAGGGAUGCGCCAAGCCAAGGCUGUGGCCGUGAAAGCGUCCCAGCCGUCCCCCAAAUCACAUCCCCGGGCCGGAGACUGGCUGUAAGGAGCUGAAAGCGGUGCCGGGCUGUCGGGGAUGGCUCCCAAACUGGGACGGGCUGGGUGUCCCCCAGGAUUGGGCUCCUCACGCCUGGGACUCGAGCGGCCGUAAGGUCAAGUAGAUGGGUUUGUCCGGGAUCAGGAUGAGAUCGAACUUGGUCCCAACUUCCACCGCUCUCAUGGUUUCGAUCUUGAAGUUCUCCAGGAUCUGGGGUGGAAGAGAAAAGAGCGGAUGGAAAAUGCUGGAGGUACCAAAACCCACGUGCCACCUCCCGGGUCCCUUCCAGCGCCAAGUCCCCAGCG